AUGCGACGUCUAUCUGGCCUUUUCUCUGGCCCGAAAACUUCCCUCCAGGUCCUUUCAGAUCUCCAUCUAGAUAACGACUCGCAAUACCUAACGUUUCACAUACCCGUCGCUGCACCUUUCCUUGUUCUCGCCGGAAACAUCGGCAAACUCAUAGACUACGAACAAUAUCUAUCCUUCUUGGUUCGGCGGUGUAAUCUCCACGAGAAAGUUUUCUUGGUUUUGGGCCCCCUAGAGUUCCGCGGCCUGAGCUGGAUGGAUGGCUUGCAGCUGGCGCAUAAGUUGGAGAAAGAGCCAACAACAAGAGGAAGGCUCGAGGUACUAUAUGAGACGAGGAGCGAUGUUCCGGGCACAAACAUCACGUUAUUGGGUUGCACACUAUGGAGUAGAAUUCCAGAAUCAGAAACAGCUGCUGUGCUAAGAAAGAUGCCCGAGUUCGAUGACAAGGAAGGCAUACAGCUUUGGGACGUGGCAAAGCACAACUCAGAACAUAAAAGAGACCUAAGGUGGCUUACCGAUGAAGUCAAGAACCUCAACGCAUCACCAAACGGCGCUUUGGCACCCGCAGCCUCCAGUAAUUCGAAAGAUGAGCGACAGCUCGUUGUCGUCACAGCGUUCGCGCCGGAGCUACGUGAAAGUCUGGAUCCUUGGCAAGUCGACGCACCUUGGGCUUCAGCAUAUGGAACAAAUCUGCUCGACGGCCCCCACUUUGGCAACGUCAAGAUGUGGAUCACCGGUAUGACAGGUCGAACAUGCGAGUUCAAGCGAGGCGACACGACUAUCGUAAGCAAUCAGCGCGGCCGGCAGGGCGAGCAUGUAACCGGUCUUCUGAAAGAUGGCAUGUCAGAUAAGCAGAAGAUAGGCUUAUUUGAUGUGAUGCGAGUGGUCAAGGUAUAG